AUGCCCGCACCGUGGUUCCACGGAAUAAUUUCCCGGACCAGGCAGAGAGAUCUUGACUGCAGGACCACGCGACGUGCAUCCGUUCCUCACGUGUCGAGUGUCAGAGGAGGAUAUGGGGGAUACACGGUGUCUUACGUAGUUGGAGAUGGCACAUUCAAGCACUUCCUCGUUGAGCGUAUUCCUGAAGGUUAUCAAUUCCUCGGAACAAAUCAAGUUGUUCACGAUCAACUGUUCGAUCUUGUUUCUUAUCACGAGACUGCACCAAUAACAGCAAGGGGUGGAGAAAUAUUGAAAUGGUCGGUGGGCCAAAUGUUUCGUCCACCAGAUUAUCAUGACAUCGUGCCAGAAUUAGCAAUUCCGGACCCGAGUCGAAUACUGGGUCGUUUUUGA